UUAGUGAAGAUUAAUUAAAAAAUACAUAUAUUUAAAAAUGACUAAGGACAUUAACACGUGUGAGGAUAAUUCAGAAACCGUGCGCGUGUCUGAUAUAUUGGAGACCUCCGGUAAAUAUCAAAUUCAUCAAUAUUUAUAUCUAUGUCUCCCAGCGAUUUUCGUUUCGAUGAUGAACGUUAACUACAUAUUCGUCGCAGACGAAGUUAGUUAUAGAUGUAAAAUACCAGAAUGCGAGACCAAUUUCACAUAUACAGCGCCUUGGUGGCCGAACAGCCAUUUCGAUGAGUGCAACAAACCGAUAUUAAAUACAACGGAUUACGGGUGUACUAAUGAUAGUUUCACAUCAGCAACCGAGGAAUGUACCGAUUGGAUUUACGAAAAUCACGACACAGUCGUUUCACAGCUUGACCUUGCAUGUCAACCGUGGAAACGUAGCUCGAUUGGAGCAGUUCACAGCAUUGGCAUGGCUAUUGCCAUGCUCAUUGCGGGGUGGAUGUCUGAUGUUAUCGGUCGAAAGCCAGCCCUCAUUAUUAGCUCCGUGGGAUGUUUCAUAGGAAACUUGAAGCCUCUUGCGACGUCUUAUACGAUGUACAUAUUCCUUGAAUUUCUAGAAGCAUCGAUUUCUGGAGGAGCCUAUGCAGCUGGAAGUGUUUUAAUGAUUGAAAUCGGUAACAAAAACAACCGAAUUCUAGCAGGAGUAUUAUUCGCGUAUGCUAUUUAUAUGGGUGAAGCUCUAUUCGCCAUUAUUGCAAUGUUCGUACCAUAUUGGAAAUCGCUCAUUCACAUAAUUUGCUCUCCCACAAUAUUGUUUCUCGUAUAUAUAAUAAUUGUAAGAGAAAGUCCACGGUGGCUUAUUUUAAAUGGAAAAUUGGCUGAAGCGAAGUACACACUCAAGGAAAUGAUAAAAAUUAACAAAAUUAAAGUUAAUGCUGAAGAAUUGGAUGCUAUGGAUGAGGACGAACUAAAGAGGGCGUAUAAUAUUGGAACUGACAAGAAAAAAGAGGGUUUUAAAGAGGUAUAUAAGUGUAAAGAAAUCCUGAAGAGAUUUCUCGUCGCAUUUGAAUGUAGAUUUACAGUUUCUUUCAUUUACUAUGGUCUCAUAGUUAACUCCGUUGGGUUACCAGGCGAUAAAUAUGUCAACUUCCUACUGGGUGCGAUAAUGUCGUUUCCAGGAGAAUUAAUAUCUAUGUACGUGAUGAACAAAUUUGGAAGACGAUUACCAUUGAUAUAUGGCUAUUUAUUUUGUGGGAUAGCUUGUGUGGCGUACGGAUAUGUGCCUCAAUCAUAUACAGGGUUAAAGAUUUCAUUUUUCCUCCUCGGAAAGCUGUUAGCCUCCGCUUGUUACACGGGUAUCGUAACAUACACGAUGGAACUCUUCCCAACAAGUGUACGGGGUUCGUUGCUCGGUUUGUGUACUCUUGCCUCUUGCUCGGGUAACAUGUUGGGCCUUUUGACACCGAUGCUGGCUUCAAUUUCGUCAGUAUUAGCAGCUAUUUGCUUCGGCUUUACAGCGAUAACAGCAAGCGCUCUCUUAAUCCUAACUCCUGAGACAAGAGACCUACCAUUAGCAGACACGAUAGAACAAAUUGCUACAAGCGCUACAAAUGUUAGAAAUAAAAAAAAGGGUGAAGAAAACCUUGCUUAUGACAAUCAGAAAUAAAAAGUUCAUCGACCCCUGUUUGAAUAAAUAAUCGACUGCAAUG